AUGCGGGCCGGCCGCGCGGGCUUUGCCGUGAAGGCGGCGCAGGUCUUGCUGGACGCCGCAGACGCCGCCGGCGCGCCCGACACGCACAACGCGCCGCUCGCCGCGCUGCUGGCCGGCAGCGAGGCGUGGGUCGGGGCCGUCGAGCCCGGCGGCGCGCUGCACGCGCUGCUGGUGGAACAGGAGGGGGACCUGUGCGGCCCCAAGCCCAGCCGCGCGGAGGCGGUCGAGACGGACGGCGACGAGGAUGAGGGGAGCGGCGGCGGCGGCGCGGCGGCGGCGGCGGCUGCCGCGGCGGCGGCCGGCGGUGGCGUGAUCUCUGGGGAGGCACUGCUGCAGAUGCUGCAGCAGAUGGGCGGCUUCGGGGGCGGGCAGCAGGAGGAAGGGGGCGCGUGA